CCUGGAUACUUCCAAGAUAUCAGAUAACCAAAACAAAUGAGUUUAUAAACGAGAUCUACUCAAAACCUCUAGAAACCUCCGAAUCUACGGCGUCAAUUUAAUCAUUGCGCGAUCGUCAAAUAUGUCUACAAAUACCCGAGUCAAUGAGCGCAACGGCGCCGACGAGCCCAAGUUAAACAGAGCCGAUGAGGUCGAAGAUUUGAUCGACGCGGUGAAAUCUCUUCUCAUACCAUUCAUUAGGGAUGCGGACAAAGCCGCCUCGAGUCGAGCCAGCGGUUUUAUAGCUGCAGAUGCUCAAGGGACACCGGGUAGAAAUGUCCUAGUGGAUUCGCAUAAACCAGAGGAGUUGGUAAAGAAAUUGCGCAUAUCAAUUCCAGAGGAAGGAGUAGGAAAAGAAGGUCUACUAGAUAUCAUCCAAACUAUCCUACGAUACAGCGUAAAUACGUGGGAUCAGGGAUUUAUGGACAAGUUAUACUCGAGCAUCAAUCCAGUUGGCGUAAUAUCAGAGCUCGUCCUUACAGUACUAAACACCAACGUGCAUGUCUGGAAAACCUCCCCAGCACUAACGAUCAUCGAGAAGACGGCCGCACGUAAACUAGCAAAUCUAUUUGGGUUUACUGGCCCCAGAGCAGGUGGCGUUACCUGUCAAGGAGGCAGUGCUUCGAACCUGACUUCCCUUGUCAUCGCCCGAAACGCCCUGUUCCCCGAUGUGAAGACGUCUGGUAACCAAGGCCGCCAAUUCGCACUCUUCACCAGCGAACACGGGCAUUAUUCGGUUGAGAAGGCAGCUGUCACAUGUGGUCUCGGUUCUAACAGCGUCAUCAAGGUUUCAGUCGACCCAGCCGGUCAGAUAGUUCCAUCGGCGCUUCGUACAGCUAUCCUUCGCGCUAAGGACGAGGGCAAGACGCCCCUGUACGUCAACGCAACUGCCGGAACAACUGUAUGGGGAUCAUAUGAUCCAUUCGCCGAGAUCGCGCCCAUUUGCAAGGAAUUCGGCGUCUGGCUACACAUCGACGCCUCGUGGGGCGGACCGGCAAUCUUCUCGGCAGCGCAGCGACACAAGCUAGCCGGGUCACAGCAUGCCAACUCCCUAACCAUCAACCCGCACAAGAUGCUCAAUGUGCCUGUGCCCUGCUCUUUUCUGCUCACUAACGAUGUCACGGUCUUCCAGCGCGCUAACACUCUGCGUGCGGGAUACCUAUUCCAUGAUGCAGGCACCGAAGACGAAAUCUGGGAUCUGGCAGAUCUGACGCUCCAAUGCGGGCGCCGUGGCGACGCGUUGAACUUGGCACUCUCGUGGAUCUACUAUGGUGAUAAGGGGUUCGAGAAGCGUAUUGACCACGCGUUCAACACCGCAGCGUACCUUGCAACGCUCGUGCAGGAGUCAGGCGACUUUUACCUCCUAUCCAGCAACCCACCACCAUGUCUACAGGUCUGUUUCUACUAUGCACCGGGCGGUGCAUUACCCGACGACCAAGAGGAGACCACGCGGCGAACCAGCCAGAUGGUCGCGAAGCUUGUGCCGAGGGGGUUCAUGGUGGACUACGCGCCCGGCCCAAAGGGUAGCCUCUUCCGCGUGGUAGUGAACACUCAGACCCUGAGGAGCACAGUGGAGGGACUUGUGAAAGCGUUGCGAGAGGUAGGGAAGGAGGUCGUUCCGUCUUAAAAUAGCACGUUUCCCUUCGUGGCCGCAACUCUAAGCUUGAGGCUUUGGAGACACACAUUGCUACAAGUAUUAGUACUUGGUAAAAGAUACUACCUAUUAUCUCUAGUAUAAACAUCAAGCAAGUAAUAAAUAUAGCUAACGGUAUAGCUAUUGGGAUAUUCAAACCAAAGCUAUCUCGUGCCUGGAAAGCUUAGAGAGAGCGUAGAGGGUAAUCUUAGUAUCGUAUCACUAAACAAAGUCAAAGAAAUUAUAUUUCACGGUAUAACUUUACAUAUCCGCAAUCGCGAUGCUCAAAUAAGGC